CUUUCUCUUGUCUCUUGCUUUCUUCUCUUCUCCUUUUCCUUCUCUUCUCUCUCUUUUCUUCCCCUACCCCAGUUUUUUUUCCUCCCCCCCAUCUUGGGUUAAAUAAAGGGAUUUGAAGCCAUGGGGCUGGAGGUGGAGCUGGGCCAUGGAUUAAAAGAAGCGGCUGGCUGAAGAAGAGAGCUGGAGGGAGAGAGAGAGAGAAGGCUCUUUCUUUCUUCUUUCUCAUUCCUUUGCUUCGAGCCGCAAACUUCCUCGCAAAGCUUGAGGAGGAAGGAGGUGGAAGGGAAGGGGGUUUAAAAAGAAGAAGGAGAUAAAGAAGAAAGAGAAGGAGGAAGAGAGAAAGAAAAGGACCUGACUAAUCCAAAAAAGCCCUCCUCCUCCUCCUCCUUUUUCUUCUGCUCUUGACUCAGAUCCGCUGCUUGAAUCCCCUCCCUUCCUUUUGGGCUUUGGCAAAAGGAACUUCGGAUUUCAGAAGAGCUGGAGGCAACACAAAGACACAAACACACACCCAGGUUCUCAGCCAAGAUGGACCAAGCGGAGGAGCCAGCAGCCCACCUUCUGCCCUCCAUCUCCAAGACCAGGCUGGUUUGAGAGUGAGUAGAAAAGACUGAUCCUGGGUUCCCACCAGAACCAACACUAUUCUGUUUGUUUCUUCCUUUCCCCCCUUGGCCCCAAAAGGUUGGGGGACUUCCUAGCCCUUUCUUGGAAAGAGCCUUCUUCACAGCCCUUUCGCUCCAAGAUCUGAGUUUCCAUUCGGUGUUGGCUUUGAGGGUGUGUGUGUGUGUGGACAAACCCUGUCGAUAUCGGCUUAACUGGGAUCUGAACCACCUCUCUGCUCUGCUCUCUCUGGCUCCUCCUGGAUCCUCAGAAAUCCUUGGGAUACAUAGUAUUUUUCAGCUCCUACUUGGAUCUCCUGGUUCUUCUCUGGACACCCCUUGGAUUCUCUCCAGCUAUUGGGACAUUCCUUUUUUGGAUUGUUAAGAAAACCACUUUCUGCACCCAGUUUGGGCACACCUGGAUCCUUGGGAUUUUCUCUGGCUAUCCGGGAUCCCAUGAAAAUCCACCCAUUGGCUGCUCUGUUGCUUUGGUCCCCUGGAUCUCCUCUCAGCUGUUGAGAUUUGAGCUGCUCUUCCCACUGCCUGGCUGCCUUUUUUGUUUCCUCUUCAGGAAUCUCAGCUUUUGACCCAGUUAAGAAUUUCAAAAGGCGAAGCUGCUGGGUACCCAAGUCGAUUGAGCAUCCUCACCUGGCACUGUUGGGUUUUGCAGCCUUUUGCACUCCAGGGAUCGCUUGAAAUUCUGAAAGUCUCUUACAUUAGGUUUUUUGCCUGUUUCCUGCCAUUCCACACUUCUCAGGCAAAGAUGUCGUCGGCUCCUGUGCUACCAGAGUGGAAACUCCAGUUGCUGGAGCGCCGUCGUAAAGAGGAAGAGGAAGCCCGCCGGCGGGAGCGGGAACAGCAAGACCGCAUGGCCAAGAUGCCAGCCUGGAAGCGGGAGAUCAUUGAACGACGACGAGCCAAGCAGGGCUCCAGCACCUCCUUCUCAGAGACAGGUGGGCCAGGGGGAACUGAGAGUGGAGCAGCCCCUGUAACUAGUACAACACCAACAGGUCCAGGAGGAGAGCUAGAGAGUUCUGUGCUGCAGGAGAAGAUUGGGCCAGUCCACCAAAACCCUUUCAUCCAACUGGAGAAGCGCCGUUACAAGGAGUCUGCCCCAGCAGAGAGUGACCUUACCAAUGCUAAAGCCAAGCAGAUUGUGGAUCUCUAUGGGCAGAUCCCAGGUGUCCGCACCCUACGCGCUGACAACGUCAUCAUCAUUGAGACAGUGCCAGGAGCACCACCAGCACAACUUGCCAGCGAUCGACACUCAGGGGAAACCAAAUCAGGCAGUGUGGAAUCCCUCAAUGAACUGUUGGCGCGGCGUGGGGGGAGUGUGACGGAGAUACGUGCUGGGGAGGUUUUCAUCGUCAAGUCCGCUUUAAGCCGCAGUGUGGAGGACCUCAAUUCCAUCGGCAGAGCAUCCUUGCCAGAGCAGCGCCGAGGGCGGGUGAGCAAAUUGCUGAGCCGGUUCAGCCAGGAGGACAGCAGUGGGACAAUGUCACCACGUCCAGUGAGAUCCUUGAGUACUGAGAAUCUGAUAGAGAGCAGCUAUGUAGCGAGAAAGCCAGGCCACUCACGGGUAGAUCCCAGUCCAACCCGGCAGUACCAUGACAACACACCCAACCCUCCCCGUGACCUUCCAGGACUGACCUCUCCAGUGCCCUGCACUGUGGCAUCUUAUCGCAGCCAAUUUGAAGCCAAAUCUGGCAGUGGGGAAGCCUGGCCAGACAGCCCCCCAAGACGCUCGCCAACUACAAAAACAUGGAGCAGGGAGGCUGCCUCUCCAGAGAGAGGGCUCAAAGCUGAGAGCAGUGAUUUGGAGGCUUCUUUUGAGAUCUACCCCGCACCACCCCCAGCCUUGGUCGCUGAAGAUGAUGUCCAGGGCAAGGCCUUGGCCAACCUGCGUCUCCAUUCCCGGAACUCCUUUGUGGUGGUGCCGCGGCGGGGAUCAGCCUCCCCACCCCCAGAACCCAAGCAGGAAGCCAGCCCUUCCCCUCUUCCUCCUUCUCCUUCUGUCAAGCCCCCAGCCCCCACUUCCUGCUCCUCACCCAGCUGUGAACAACUUCUCCCGGACUCUGAGGAGCUUCCCGAGGCUGAGGCCAUGAAACGUGCUGGAGGAGGAAGUGCCGGUGUUAAGGAGGAUGUCAGAGUGGGGGGCUUGGCCCGGGCCUCAUCCCCCCACCCAGCUGUGCAGCGUCGCAGUGGAAACACUAUCACAAUCAAUCCCCGCAAAGCCCCCAUGGCACCUAUCACCACAGCAGUGGAGAACGGCAUUGAGAAUGACAUUCUCCCAAUCAUGGCACCUGUAAAGAAGCGCUAUCCCACAGCUGAGGAGAUCCAGGUGAUUGGAGGGUAUCUCACUCUGCAAAGAUCUUGCCUUGCGAAGAAUGACCCACAUCGGAAAAAGCUAAAGAUCUCCUUCAGUGAGAAUCAGCUGGAGAGGACCUUCCAAUACCCAUCAGAGGGCUCCCUGUUGGAGGAGUUUGGGCCUCCUGAGGAGUCAGAGUCCCUGACUUGCACCAAUCCCCAUGGGGAUGAGGAAGAAGAAGAGGAGGAGCUGCUGCUGCUUCAUCGUGGCCUCCCAGGCCUGCUGAGGACCAAACCCCUCAUUGUGGAUGAAUCCUGUCGGCGGUAACCCCAUGCAUCUUCCUCCAUGUCUGGGAAGGGUGGAGCAUAUCUAAGUCUUCAUGCCAUAUUCCAGAUUCUUCAGCUGGACCUUAAUUCAAUUCCAUCUUCCAGCAACCACCAACACCAAGGAAUGAAGCAGGGACCAAAAAAAAAAGACUUUCCAGUCCUGCCUUUUCCCUAGGGCUCUGGAUAUGUUUCUUCCAUGGGGAGAAGAAAGACAGUUUUGAAAAUACCUUUCAUGGGGUAUUUGUUUUGUAUUUUUCACCUCUUAAGACUCUGGCACUGAAAAGACGACCUCAGAGACACCAUCACCCCUCCAAAAGACUACCUUGAAUCUAGAUAGCAGCGGCACUCAGAAUCAUAGGAGAUGCUGCUUACUCUCAAUGUGUUGAGAGGCAAGUCUCAACUACACGGGUUUGAUUCAGAGACCCUUUUUCCUAUCCCUACACACAGCCAGCCAAAUGCAGCUGAAAUAUAUUUUUCUGUACUACCAGCAGAGGAAGCACUGAACUUUGUCUACACACUUCUCUGGAGUUGGCUGUUUCCAACAAGGGCUAAUAUUGUUAUCAUAUUUUCCCCCUUCCUGCUGUCAUCCAAACCACAUUUGAUACCCUCACUGGGCUGAGGGACUUUCUGUAAUGCCCAGACCUUUUUUGGAGGGGCAAAGAAUUUGGAUAUGCCUGAAUAUUAAAGAAAGGAGGGGGGCAACAUUUCUAAGAGCAGCCAUAUGGAUGGAGGGAUAGUGGAUGUAGGGAGUCUCUAGCAUUGAGAGAAGCAAUUAUCUUGCACACAACAUGUCAGUAUUAAGGAGGGUUUUGUUGUUAUGAGGUGCGGAGGGGGGCUUCCAAUUGUUCUCUCUGUUUCUCUUCUCCGAGCCAUUCUGGAGAAAAAGCAAAUCAGUAUGGUUCUAGUUAUUAAUGCAAGAGCUGUGAGUAGGCAUGCAACUGGGCAAACGGAGUGGUUCUGGUUAUUAUUAAAAUAGGAGCACUUGGUAUUAGAGCAUGGGCAAAUGAGAAACAGCUCUCUCUGCAUGUGGAUAGGGCUAGUUGCCAUUUGAAACUUUAUCCCACUUUUUCUUUUUCUAAAAAAAAAUUCAGGCAGAGGUAGGUGUGUUAGAGACAGUCAAGCUUGGUUUUGGAAGCAUAAAAUGGGGAGGUGGCAGUCUGUGGAGAUGUUCAACAAAGCAGAGGCAAGAGAAAAGGACAACAUCCCAUCUUAAUCAUGUCCAUUUCCCAUUCAGGAUUCAGAACUCAUGUGGGAUUGGAUGAGCAAAUGGUAUGAGGUUGGAUGAAUAGCAUCGGGUGAACGGUUAGAAAAUGAAGUGAUAUUUUGACACAUAGGUUUUUUAAAAAAAUAAUUAUACUGCAAACUGUCUCAGCGAGUUAUUUGCCAUUGUUCACUGCAUGGUGUUUUCAAGUGGGGGAAAAGCAGACCCAAGGACUAAACUAGGAGUGGCUUUCCAAAAACGAUUGAAUGCAGAAUAAUCACAGAUUCAAAAUACUGACAAUUUUCCACAGCUGAGGUCAGGGUUUUGGGAAGCCUCAGACAAAAGACCACUAGAGGAUCCUUCCAUCAGUGAGGGGCAGAUCAAGUGAGUGAUGCAAACUGAGGCAAUGCUCCAGAUUCCUCUGCUCAUGUGACUGGCUGCAAACAAACCAGACAAGCAUGGUUGCCCUUGAUGUGUGUUUCUCAACAUGGCACUCACUUCCAUUCAAUGAUGGCAAUAAUAACCUGAGUAAGGAAGGAAAGGCCAUAUAAUGUGUUUUGUUUUACAGUCUUGCCAGUUUCUCCAGUGGUCCUGGUGGGCUUGAAAUAGAGCAAACUUAGGGAUCAACAUCAUUGGGCCGAUGACUGAGAGCCAUGUUGAUGUUCCUCCUCUUAGUUGCCACUGCCUAAACAUCUACAUUUUCUCUGCCAAUAGACAUGGGUAGGAAUGGGAAGCAGUUUACCUCUGCAUCUGUUUGGGUGACCAUCAGUCUUGAGCCUGUGGGCAAGCUUAUUACCAUUGGCAGCUACACUAAGAAGGUGGUGAGCUUACUGGUGGACGUACAGUGGUCCCUCCAUAUUCACUGGGGUUAGAGGUAAAGGACAACCGUGAAUAUAGAAAAAACGCAAAUUAAAUAAACACUAUUCUUUUUACCUAAGAAAAAAAUCUCUCUAGGAAUCUCCAGGUCCUCCAGUGCAAUUCUGUAGGCACCUUCUGCCAGAGGUUAAUCAUAGAAUCAUGCUGGAGGACCUACAAAUGCCU